ACAGGAAUGAAAGGCAGCGCCACUGCCUCAACCUCAACCUCAACCAUCUAUAACUACUUAGAACUUCUCGAAGCUUGCAUUGGAUUGAAAUCACUGAAACACGGCAAAAUCAUUCAUGGUUAUCUCCUCAAAUUCGAUUCGGGACGCCAUUCAUCAAUCCUCGGCAACUUGGCUCGUCUCUACAUUGCUUGCAGAAAGCCUCAGCUGGCGCAUCGCGUGUUCGAUUCAAUUCCAUCUCGAGAAAGGAACAACAAGACCAUACUAUGGAGCCAAAUUAUUAGGGCUUACGCAUGGGAAGGGCCCUUCGAGAAAGCAAUCGAUUUGUACACUGCAAUGGUGGACUCCGGAGCGAAUCCGACGAAGUUCACCUACUCGUUCGUGCUCAAGGCCUGCUCUGCCCUGCAGGAUUUAGAGACUGGUUUGAAGAUUCACGAGCGUGUGAAGAUGUUGCAUCUUCAGAAUGAUGUAUUUGUGUGUACUGCUUUGGUUGAUUUUUACGUCAAGUGUGGGCGUUCGUUGGAUGCACGGAAGGUGUUCGACGAAAUGCCUGAGAAAGACGUCGUUGCGUGGAAUGCAAUGGUUGCAGGGUACUCGUCGAAUGGGAUGUGUCUCGAUGCAAUUAGUCUAGUUUCGGAGAUGCAAUGGAGAGGCGUGGAUCCAAAUUCGUCGACAAUUGCCGCAGUCCUGCCGGCGAUUGGAGAUGCAAGUGGUUUGAUGGAGGGAAAGACAAUCCAUGGAUUUUGCUUGAGACGAGGUUUUGAGAUCGGCGUAGUUGUUGGAACUGCGCUUGUUGAUAUGUACGGAAAAUGUGGCGAGUUGAUGUUGGCAAGGAGGGUGUUAGAUGGAUUGUCGUUAAAAACUGAUGUCGCCUUGACAGCCAUGAUCGGAGCUUGUGUAAUUUGCAAUUCUAUCGAAGAAGGUCUGAAAUUGUUUAAAGAAAUGAGGGUAGAGAUCGAUGAAGGAGCUUCGCCAAUUAUGGUUUCUACAUUGCUCCGAGCUUGUGCGAAACUCAAUGAUCCGAGCAUCGGGAGGCAACUGCACGGCUACAUUGUGAAGUCGAGCUUUCUUUUUAACGUAAUGGUGGGAAAUACGCUACUUUCAAUGUAUUCGAAGUGCGGAUUGGUGAAGGAUGCAGUGAGCCUCUUCGAAGAGCUGAAAGUCAAGGAUUCCGUUUCUUAUAAUGCUUUAAUUGCUGGUUUCGUUCAAAAUGGUUACGCCGAGAAAGCGCUACAAGUGUUUUAUAAGAUGAAAAGGGUAGGCGUCGAGCUUGAAUUAGCGACGAUGUUGGGGUUCUUCCCGGCUUGUUCAUAUUUAGCGGCGCUGGAACACGGCAUACGUGGGCAUGCUUAUUCGGUAAUUCGCGGAUUCACAGCCGACGUUUCGAUUUCCAACGCUUUGAUAAAUAUGUACGCUAAGUGCGGCCGGAUGGACGCUGCUAAGAAAGUGUUCGACAAAAUGCCACACAAGGAUGUCGUCUCAUGGAACGCUAUGACUUUCGGUUAUGGGAUCCACGGGCUGGGGAACGACGCGAUAUUAUUAUUCGACAAAAUGCAGCGAGACGGUUACGAACCCGACGAAGUGACAUUCAUCGCGCUCCUAUCGGCGUGCAGCCAUUCCGGCCUCGUCUCCGAAGGGAAGCAUCUCUUUUCCGAAAUGAAAUCGAAAUUCAAAAUCGUUCCGAGAACGGAGCACUAUUACUGCAUGGUCGAUCUUCUCGGCCGCGCCGGGCAAUUAUCCGAGGCAUACGAAUUCAUUUCCGCAAUGCCAAUCACGCCCGAUGUUCAGCUGUGGAAUGCGCUGCUCUCGGCGUGCAAGAUCCACAAGAACGUCGGGCUCGGCGAGCAAGUUUCCAGCAGAAUUCUGAGCUUGGGCCCGACGGGAACCGGAAACUUCGUCCUGUUAUUCAAUUUGUUCGCGACUGCCCAACGAUGGGACGACGCGGCAAACGUUCGAAUCCGGCAGAAGGAAAUGGGAUUCAAGAAAACGCCGGGAUGCAGCUGGAUUGAAGUUAACGGGAUGGUUCACGCGUUCGUUGGCAGCGACAGGUCGCACCAACAUUCGCGGGAUAUAUACAAGAAAUUGGAGGAACUAUUCGCGGAAAUUCGGAAACUUGGGUACACGGCGGAGUCUGAUUACGUUUAUCACGACGUGGGAGAGGAAGAGAAGGAGCAAAUACUUCUGUAUCAUAGCGAGAAGCUCGCGGUUACGUAUGGUGUUCUUAGGCUUAAGGAUCGUAAGGCGAUUACGGUGACGAAGAAUUUGAGAGUUUGCGGGGACUGCCAUAGCUUUCUCAAGUAUGUUACGGUUGUUACUAAGAGAGAAAUAUCUGUUCGAGAUACCAGUCGAUUUCAUCAUUUUCGCCAUGGAUUGUGCAGCUGUGGGGAGUUUUGGUGACGGAUCACGCUCUGCAAUGCCUAAGAACACUUUGAUCUCACCAAAUCAAAUAUUCGAGAUGGGAUUUUUUCUCCCCAAGAUCAUCCAAC